AUGGGUUUCGUCAAUUUCAAGAACUAUCGGGUCUACAUCCUGACCUCGGUGGCCUAUCUGGGCUCCCUGCUCUUCGGUUAUGAUACGGGUGUUAUGGGCUCAGUCCUGGCCCUUUCAAGUUUCAAAAAGGACUUCGGCCUCCCCGUUGAUUCAUCCGGAUUCAGCGAUGAAAAGAACGCUCAUAUCUCCUCCAACGUGGUGUCGCUACUCACCGCAGGAUGUUUCUUCGGUGCCAUCUUUGCUGCUUAUCUGAACGAUAGACUGGGCCGUAGGUACUCGCUAAUGAUCUUUGCUGUGAUAUUCCUUGUUGGAGCCUCGGUCCAAGUCGCAGCUCACCAUGACAUUGGCCUAAUUUAUGGCGGACGUGUUAUCGCCGGCUUUGGUGUCGGUGGUAUGUCUAGUAUCACACCCGUGUUCGUCAGUGAGAACUGCCCCCCGGCAACUCGUGGCCGUAUUGCCGGUCUCUUCCAGGAAUUCCUAGUUAUCGGCAGUACCUUCGCCUACUGGUUGAACUAUGGUGUGGCGCUUCAUGUACCCGAGGGUACAAGCCAGUGGCGUAUCCCAGUUGGCAUUCAGCUUGUCCCAGGUGGUCUGAUGCUUAUCGGGUUGUUCUUCCUCAAAGAGUCUCCUCGUUGGUUGCUGUCUAAGGGACGCCAGGACGAGGCACUGAAGUCGCUCGCUUACAUUCGCAAUGAGCCUGAAACCAGCGAGGCUGUUGUACUAGAGUUUGCUGAAAUCUCGGCUGCUAUCCACGAGGAAGCGCAGGCUACCGAGGGUCUGACCUGGAGGGAAUGUCUUAAGCCAAGCAACCGAUACCGCUUCUUCCUCGCAUUCCUCCUGAUGUUCUGGCAGCAGUUCUCCGGAACAAACAGCAUUGGAUACUACGCUCCUCAGAUCUUUGCCAGCGUCGGAUUGAGCAAGACAGACACCUCAUUGUUUGCCACUGGUAUCUACGGAACAGUCAAGGUGGUUGCAACAGGUGUCUUCCUGAUCGUCGGUAUUGAUCGCUGGGGCCGAAAGAAGAGUUUGAUUGGUGGUGCUGUGUGGAUGGCUAGCAUGAUGUUCAUCAUAGGAGCAGUUUUGGCUACUAAUCCCCCAGUUAAGGACGCCGCAUCCGUCUCACCGGCCUCCAUCGCCAUGGUUGCAAUGAUUUAUCUAUAUGUCAUUGGAUACUCAGCAUCCUGGGGACCAGUUCCUUGGGUGUAUCUUGGUGAGAUCUUCCCAACUCGCCUUCGCGCCUACGGUGUCGGUUUCGGUGCCGCCACGCAAUGGCUGUUCAACUUCGUCAUCACUGAGAUCACCCCUCGUGCUAUCAACAAGAUUGGUUGGAGGACUUUCCUCAUGUUUGGCAUUUUCUGUUCUGCCAUGUGUAUCUUCGUUAUCAUAUUCUUCAAAGAGACCAAGGGCCGGACUCUGGAGGAGAUGGAUCUCAUUUUCGGUGCUGUUGAUGAGCAGCAGAGACGUGCUGAUGUGGAACACACCUUGCAAAAGACUCAAGUUAUGCAUGAAGAGAGCGCAGAAGCUACGGAGACUGAGAAGACUCCAAAUACUAGUGAGCACAAGGAGUGA